GUUAUUACACUGCCUGUCAUUAUGUUUACUUGUAAUAAUUUUAAAAUUUCCAAGUAUAUUUCUAGCCAGCUCAAAAAUUAUUCAAUAUUUUGUUAAUAAUUUUUAUUUGUUAUUACAAGUGAGGUGACAAUAAGUUCUGCAAUGCGGAACAAAACAAUUGGUUUGAUAUUUUUAUCAGUUUCUUUAUGGGCUGUGAUAAUAUAUUAUUUCUUUGUUGAUGGACCAAUUAAUCAACCACAAAUAAAGUUGCCAGAUGCCUGGUCUGAUCAAAUGAACAGGUUGAGUCAAGAAAUAAAAGAACAGCUAUCUCAUAAUGAGAAAUUAUUAAAAAAACUUGUUGAAGCACAUCAUAUAAACAAAAAUCAUGAUGUUAAUAGAUCACCAUGGGAAAAUGUACAACAAAUUGAAGAAGUAAAUGAAAUAAAUAAUAUUCAAGAUAAUAUAAAACCUGAAUCACCAAAUGAUGAAAAAAUUGAGAUAAACAAGCAUCUUGAUAAAUUACAUGGUCUUGCACAAAGAAGAAAAUUAUCAGAUGGUUCACCAAUAAUAGCAGUAUUAGUAUUUUCAUGUAAUAGAAUAACAGUUCAACGUUGUUUAAAUCAAUUAAUAAAAUAUAGACCAAGUGCUGAUCAAUUUCCAAUAAUUGUAUCACAAGAUUGUGAACAUGAAGAGACAUCAAAAGUAAUUGAAUCAUAUGAUGAUCAAGUAUAUCAUAUACGUCAACCAGAUCAAUCUGAUAUUGAUAUUCCACCACGUGAAAAAAAAUUUCGUGGUUAUUUUAAAAUAGCAAGACAUUAUGGCUGGGCAUUAAAUCAAGUAUUUAUUAAUUAUGGUUUUGAAACGACAAUUAUUGUUGAGGAUGAUCUUGAUAUUGCACCAGAUUUUUUUGAAUAUUUUCUUGGUACAUAUCCAUUACUUGUUGCUGAUAAAUCAUUGUGGUGUGUAUCAGCAUGGAAUGACAAUGGUAAAAGAGGACUAGUUGAUGAAAAUGCUGCACAUUUAUUAUAUAGAACUGAUUUUUUUCCUGGACUUGGAUGGAUGCUUAACAAAGAUCUUUGGCUUGAAUUAUCACCAAAAUGGCCAAAAUCAUACUGGGAUGAUUGGAUUCGUAAACCUGAACAGAGAAAUAAUCGUGCUUGUAUUAGACCAGAAUUAUCAAGAACAAGAACAUUUGGAAAAGUUGGUGUUAGCAAUGGAAUGUUUUUUGAAAAACAUUUAAAAUACAUCAAACUUAAUGAAAAAUUUGUGCCUUUUACAAAUCUUAAUUUGACUUAUUUAUUAAAAGAUAAUUAUGACAUGAAAUUUGUCAAUGAUGUUUAUCAAUCAACAGUAAUAAGUUAUUCUGAUUUAAAAAAUGGACAAAUUAAAAAUAAUACAAAAUCUGUUAGAAUUCCAUAUUACACACGUCCGUCUUACAAAGCAACAGCAAAGAUGCUUGGAUUGAUGGAUGACUUUAGGAGUGGAGUACCAAGAACUGGUUAUCGAGGUGUUAUCACAUUUUUCUACAACAAUCAUCGAGUUUAUCUUGCUCCAGGCUCAAACUGGAAUGGAUAUGAUAUAUCAUGGAGCUAACAUAUAAUUAGAAAAUACAAUCGUGAUCUUUAAGUAAUUUUUUUUAAAUAAAUUAAUUAUUUAUUAAUUUUUUUUUUCAUUUAAACACCAGAAUUUAAAAGUAUUUUAAUUAAUAUUCUUUUUUUUUUAUUCAUUAAUUAUUAUGGCUAUGAUUUUUAAUGACCAAAUUAAUUUUUAAAAAAUACUAAAGACUGGAAAUAGUAAUUGACAUUUUUUUAAAAAUUAAUUAAACAGUACCUUGUUGAAGACACGAAUGUUAAAUUACCUCCAAGUUUAAGAGAAGCAAAAAAUGAAUAUUAAAAAUAUUUGUUAUUGAUAGAAAAAUAUGAUGAAGG